AUGGCUGCGGUGGCAUCUCCGCCGCAAGUCGUGGCCUCACGGCCCCGCAGACGCCGUCUUCGACGUCGGCGGCUCGACAAGCCUGCUGUCAACGCACGCCUCGUCCUCGAUGACCACGUCCGGGGCGAUGUCGGCAUCCUGUCCGAGGACCUGUUUGCCGACCUCUUCCCGCACCUGUACCAGCAGGAGCAGCAGCAGAAAGACGGUGCCAAUGGCUUUGGUGCAGCCCUCGCCCGCGCAACGCCCACUUCGACAGCCGCCGCUUCCUCCAUCGCCGAGCCCGACGUCUACCACGUAGCAAUGGCCCCCUGGGCCCCGAGCGCGUCUGCCGAGUCCACGGACUGGACCAUUGUGCCCGUCUCCAAGUCCUCGGCCCUCGCACCCUCCACCGUGCAGUUUUCGCCCUCGUCUCUGGCCCUUCAGAAAUUCGCCGCCAUUUUGCAGCAGGUUGCACCCUCCAAAUUCUCCGGCCACAGCCGCCGCGGCAUUGAGGUGAUGCUGCUCGAUGUCACGACCGUGUCCCUCGAUACCGUCUUUGUGAGCCUCGAGGGGGACCUCGGCAAGCGGCUCGAAGCCGGUGAAGGCACCUUCUUCCGUGACCACCCGACUGCGUCUGCUCUGCAAGCCGCGAAGAGCAAGACCAAGGGCGCAAACGGCACGCAGGUGUCGGGCGAAGACCGUCUGACUGCCGCCCUCCGCGUUGCUUUGGGCACUCUGCAGGUGGUCCACUCCGGCGACCUCUUUCCGCUGCCGCUGCCGCCCCACCCCAUCACCCACGUGCCGCCAAACCCGGGCAAGGUCACCUUCUGCGAGCCUGUCGCCCAGGGCGUGCUUACGCCGAGCACACGUAUCAUUGUGUCGCGCGGCCGCCUGCACUCCAAGAGCGGCCGCCACCGCGGUGCCGACUUGGCCCCCAUUCCUGCGCGCCGCAAGCUGAAUGGCGUGUCUGAGGACGAGGGCGACGACACGGCCAACGACCAGUUCUUCUCGGCCGCCGAAGAGCGCACGCGCACGGAGACCGAGACCGACGCACCUACCGAAGAUUCCGAGACUGGCGAGUCCGAGGCCGACCUGUCGCCCGCCGGCCACGACGACGACCUCGAGGAGGACGACAGCGGCGAGAUCUCCGACGACUCCAUGGACGAAAUGAUCUCCCUCCAGGCCCCGACGCUGCCAGCCACGCUCGCCAGCGGCGUCUCGACCUUGCAGCCCGGCUCACCCAUGACGAUUGGCCGUGGCCGGAGGACGAACGGCGUCGCCACGCCUGGCUCGGUCUUCUCUAGCUUUACCGCUACAACUGCCCGUCCCGACCGGCCCCGCGGCCGCCUGUUCAAGGCCCAAGGCCUGACCGCCCCCAUCCCGCCCGAGAUUCUCCACCCGAAGCCCGGUGCCGACGACGACGAUGAGGCCCGCGUCUACGUGGACGUGAACAACCUGACGCGCAUUGGCUGCUUCUCGGGCGACUGGGUGCGUCUCGAGGAGGCCGAGGAGCCGCCCGUUAACGGCUUUGGCCGCUUUGCUCUGGGCAGCUUUGGUGAACCCGUGGGCGACGAACCGGACUGGCGGCCUGUCCGCGUCUUUGGCCUGCCCGAGGGCUAUUCGCAGCGGCCGGUGACCCGCAUCCCCAGCGCCAAGCACGAGGCUGGUGGCCGCCGCCUGUCCUUUUUCGAGUCGCAGAUCCAGCGCCCCUCUAGCCCCAUCGCCUACUUGUCGCCCAUCCUGCUCGCGAACAUGCAAAGCACGUCGUAUCUGCGACUGUCCCCGCUGCGAAGCGCCCAGCACCCACCUUCGUCAUCCCUAGGUCGCCACGGCGCCCAUGCUGGCCGGUCCUCCACGAAGAUGGGUGCCGCCGCCCAGCCGCCCUUUGCGCAAAAGGUCAUCAUCCAGCAGGUGCGCACGCCUGUGCCGAUUGAAAAGUCGGUGCAGACGGCCGUCGUGGCCGGCCUCAAGUGGCACUUUGAGAAAAAGCUGCGUGUUGUCAAGACUGGCGACUACAUUGCCAUCCCCAUCGACGCACAGCUCGGCCGCACCAUGAACGACAUGCUCCUGACCAGCGAGAACGCCGCCGUCACGGACAUCCUAUCCUUGACCGGCGGCAUCAAAGAGUCGUCGGCCGCCGCUGCGAACGGCAGCAAUGGCACGUCUGCGGCGACCGCAGCAGCAGCUGCAGCAGGGUCGCCGUCGUCGUCAGGCACCCCCGCCUCGGGUGCCGGUGCCGGCGCGAGUGGCAAGCCCACCCUCAAGGCCGACGAGGUGGCGUGGUUCAAAGUGACCCAUGUCCAGCCUCAGCCGCAGCCUCAGCAGCAGCGUCACUACGUCGGCGACGAGGGUGAGGAGGAGGAGAGUGUCUGGGGCACCACGGUGGCUUGCGUGGACAUCUCGACGGCGCACCUGGAACAGUCGGGCACCACGACAUCGCGCAUCCCUGGCACCAAGGACAGCAACUGGCCGUACUACCUCGGCCUCCGCGAGCCGCCCCGCCGUUAUGGCGACCGCGCCGCCCCCGCCGCCGUCGAGCCCGACCGCAAGCAGGUCUCACCUCUGCGGCGACAGCUGCGCGAUCUCGUGGCGGCUGCCACGAGCAAGCGUGCCCUCCACCUCAACAUGCCCCCCGUCGCCAUUCUGCUCGUGUCCACGCAGCGCCACAUUGGCAAGGCCACUGUGGCCGUCGAUGCCUGUUCCGACAUGGGCCUGCACACGUUCACAGUGGACGCCUACGACGUUGUCAACGAGGCCAGCGCCGGUGGCGGCGAUGCCAAGACGGAGGGUGUGCUCAAAGGCCGUGCCGGCCUGGCCAUGAGCUGUGGGCCCGAUUGCUGCGCGCUGCUCAUCCGCCACAUGGAAGCCCUGACAGCCGACCGCAUGGUCUCGUCCAUGAAGGAGAUCCUCGAGGACGCACGUGUGCUAAUUGCGACGACCACGGAGGCCGACAAGAUUCCAGACGGUGUGCGCAGUCUCUUCACGCACGAAAUGGAGAUGCACGCGCCCGACGAGACGGAGCGUCAGAGCAUCCUGCGCAACAUUGUCAACGACCGCGCCCUCGUGCUCGACCCGGAGGUCGACCUCGGCAGCGUAGCGCUGAAGACGGCCGCCCUCGUGGCGGGCGAUCUUGUCGACGUGGUGGAGCGCGCACUUGUGUGCCGCCAGUCGCGUUUAGAGAAGCUCGUCGUGGCCCAGUCGACGCCUGUCGCACCCGCGUCGCCCUCGGACGCUUCCGAUGUGGGCCUCGAUCCGGAACAGCAGCUGAACACCAAGGUCCUCACGCUACGCGACGUGCAGGUGGCUGGUGGUGCGGCGGUGCGCGGCCUGACCAAGGCCGACUUUGACGCCGCCGUCGACGCUGCGCGCAAGAACUUUGCCGACGCGAUUGGCGCGCCCAAGAUUCCCAACGUCACCUGGAACGACGUCGGCGGUCUCGACAACGUCAAGGAUGUCGUCAUGGAGACGAUCCAGCUGCCGCUCGAGCGGCCCGAGCUGUUUGCCAAGGGCAUGAAGAAGCGGUCCGGCAUUCUGUUCUACGGCCCGCCCGGUACGGGCAAGACGCUGCUGGCCAAGGCCAUCGCCACCGAAUACAGCCUCAACUUCUUCAGCGUCAAAGGCCCCGAGCUGCUCAACAUGUACAUUGGCGAGUCCGAGGCCAAUGUGCGGCGCGUGUUCCAGCGCGCCCGCGACGCACGGCCCUGUGUCGUCUUCUUUGACGAGCUGGAUUCCGUGGCGCCUAAGCGCGGCAACCAGGGCGACAGUGGUGGCGUCAUGGACCGCAUCGUGUCGCAGCUGCUGGCCGAGCUCGACGGCAUGUCGGGCGGCGGCGACGACGAGGACGAAGGCUCCGGUGCCGGCUCGGGCGGUGUGUUUGUCAUUGGCGCCACCAACCGGCCUGAUCUGCUCGACCAGGCGCUGCUACGUCCCGGCCGCUUCGAUACGAUGCUGUACUUGGGCGUGUCGGACACGCACGACAAGCAGUUGCGGAUCCUGGAAGCCCUGACGAGAAAGUUUACCCUACACCCUUCGGUGUCGCUGCGCGCGAUUGCCCAGCAGCUGCCGUUCACGUACACAGGUGCCGACUUUUACGCGCUGUGCAGCGACGCCAUGCUCAAGGCCGUGACGCGCCAGGCCUCGGCGGUCGACGACAAAAUCGCCGCCAUGACGGCCAGCGGCAAGAAGCCCAUGUCGACGGCGUACUACUUUGACCACUACGCGACACCCGAGGACGUGGCCGUGCUCGUGACGGAGCAGGACUUUUUGGAGGCGAACCGCGAGCUCGUCCCGAGUAUCAGCGCGGGCGAGCUGGCGCACUACGAGCGGGUGCGGGCCACAUUUGAGGGCAAGAAGAAGGAAGAUAAGGAAAAGGAUCAGCAGCAGCAGCAGUCCUCGACCUCGUCCUCAUCCUCGUCUUCAAAGACACCCACCGGGUUUCCUCUCCCUACCGCCGUCUCUGCCCCCGCCUCGCAUUCCGCACGGCUCGCCCGCAGGGGCAAGGGCAAAGGCAAGACGACGUCGCUUCGGUUCAGCGAUGUCGAAGAGGAGGAUGAGGAGAACGAAGGCGGAAUCGACGGCAUCGGCGGCAGCGACAACGAUGACGACGACGACGAGACUGGCAGUGUUAUCCUCAAUGGCCGAGCCAGCAAGGGCAAGGGCAAGGCCUCUGUGGGCGCAGGCUCCUUCCAAGACCAGCGCGCCAGCGACGACGAAGACCUCUACAGUUAG